AUGAGAGGAAGAGAAGGAAAAAGAAAAAAGGAAAAAAAGAAGGAAAAAGCAAUAGAAAAAAGAAAAAAGAAAAGAGAAAAAAAAGAACGAGGAAGAAAUGAGAAAAAAGAGGAAAGCAAAGGCGAAAGAAGAGAGAGAAAGAAAAAGGAAAGGGAUAGAAGAAAAAAAAAGAAAGGAAAAAAAAAGAGAAAAAAGAAAAAAAGGAAAAACAAAGGAGGUAAAGAAAGAAAAAAGAAGAAAAAAAUAAAAAAAGAAAAAGAAAAGAAAGUAAGAAAAGAAAAAAGAAAGAGAAAGGUAAGAAAAAACGAGAAGAAAAAAAAAAAAAAAAGAAAGAGAAGAAAGAAAUAA